AAGGCAGGUUGGACUGGGAUGUAUUUCAGCUGGAGGCCGUCUCUGUCUCUCUCCUGCACCUGAAGCUGCCCCCCUCUGCCCAGCAGCAGCCCGUACAUCACCUGGCGGAGCGGCCUGGAGGUCAGGUUAGCGCUGGGCAUGUCGGCGUGGUCCACGGGGAAGCUGAGGGGCAUCCUCUUCAGCAGCAGCACAUCCAGGAUGUCUGGAGUCAGCUGGGCCUGCGUUAGCGGCAGCCGAGUCCAGUCUGGGACAAGACCUGCCACCUCCAGGGGGGACAGGACAAAAAAGCUGCUGAAGGUCUGCAGGGAGACACGCAACCUUCACCCAACACACAGUGAGGGUUUCACACACACACACCACACACACUCGCAGCUCCAGACUUUCACUCCCGGCAUGUCCACUUUCUGUGUGCUGAGGACUCGCUGCUUCCUCCGGCAGGUCUUCCCCGGCCUGCCCGCCGCCAUGCAGAGACACUACAGCCUGGAUGUCUCCGCUCCGCUGCUACGGACGCAGGGCUACGUGGACGGCCGCUGGAUCUCUGCAGCCUCGGUGUUCCCCGUCCUGGACCCGGCCACCGGGAAGGAGAUAACCAAGGUGACGGACUGUGGCCCGGCGGAGGCCAAGCAGGCUGUGGACGCUGCGUACAAGGCGUUUCAUUCCUGGAAGCAGUACAGUGCUAAGGAGAGGAGCGUCCUGUUGAGGAAAUGGUUCGACCUGCUGACGCUGCACAAAGAAGACCUGGCCAAACUGAUCACGUUCGAGAGUGGUAAGCCCAUGCGGGAGUCUGUCGCGGAGAUUGCGUACUCCGCCUCCUUCCUGGAGUGGUUUUCGGAGGAGGCUCGGCGAGUGUACGGCGACAUCGUCCCGUCACCCGCCAAAGACCGAAAGAUCUUCCUCCUCAAACAGCCUGUGGGGGUCGCCUCCAUCAUCACACCGUGGAACUUCCCCAGCGCCAUGAUCACCAGGAAGGUUGGAGCCGCUCUGGCUGCCGGCUGCACGGUGGUGGUCAAACCAGCAGAGGACACGCCGCUGUCAGCGCUCGCCCUGGCUGAGCUGGCAGAUCAGGCGGGGAUCCCGGCGGGGGUGUUUAAUGUGGUUCCUUGCUCCAGAGAGAAGACUCCGUCAGUCGGGGAGGUUCUCUGCACCGACCCACUGGUGGCCAAAAUCUCCUUCACUGGCUCCACCGCCACCGGCAAGGUGCUGCUGAAACUGGCUGCUGACACUGUGAAGAAGGCGUCCAUGGAGCUGGGUGGCCACGCCCCCUUCAUCGUGUUCGACAGCGCUGAUGUCGACAAGGCGGUGGGCGGAGCCAUGGCCUCCAAGUUCAGGAACUCUGGACAGACGUGCGUGUGUUCGAACCGGUUUCUGGUGCAGAGCGGCAUCCAUGACCGUUUCAUGGAGAAGCUGAGCCAAGCGAUGGACGCCGAGCUCCGUCUGGGUCACGGCUCGGAGCCCGACACCACCCAGGGGCCGCUCAUCAACACCAGAGCUGCAGAGAAGGUGUUCCACCAGAUAUCCGAUGCAGUGUCCAGGGGGGCGAAGGUGAUGAAGGGCGGGAAGCGUCUGGACGGGUCCUUCAUGGAGCCGACUCUGCUGGCCGACGUCACCCCAGAGAUGCUCUGCAUGAGGGAGGAAACCUUCGGCCCGCUGCUGCCCGUCAUCAGGUUUAACACCGAGGAAGAAGCUCUGGCGAUUGCUAACGCGUCUAACGUUGGGCUGGCAGGUUACUUCUACUCGCAGGAUGUGAGUCAGAUCUGGCGGGUGGCGGAGGCGUUGGAGGUGGGGCUAGUUGGAGUCAACGAGGGCCUGCUGUCCACCCCAGAGGGCGCAUUCGGCGGGGUCAAACAGUCCGGUUUGGGCCGCGAAGGCUCCAAGUAUGGCAUCGACGAGUAUCUGGAAGUCAAGUACAUGUGCUUCGGAGGCCUCAAACCCUGAAACGGGAUGGAGCGACACCGCAGGUCCACUGGUACUACACUCUAAAAUUAAGUCAAAAUAAAUGCAGUAAUCAUGAAAGGUGUAGAUCUAAGGUUUGAAUUGAUUUAAUUCAACCAUAACCAACACAAAAUAACCCUUUAGAGUCGGGUUGAAAACGUCUGUGGUCUACACUCCUGUGUUGCCUUUUCAUUUGUAGAAUAAAACAAAUGUUUCAGCCAAUAGUAUUAGGGAAAUUAUCUUUGAAUCUUUAAUUGAGGUACUGAAACAUGUUAUGCAGUAUAGUGCUAAACACUUCUGAUUGGCCAGAGGGACUGCGUUAGAGCAUGGCCACUCUCCACCAAUCAAAACAAAGAGUUACGUCUGUCAAUCUUUCCAGUUUUACAAACUUAAUUUAAGACAGAAGUAGACAAAAGCUGCUAGCAAGCUAAUUGACAUUAGCUUCAUAAGUUGGUGGGAAGCUCCGUCUCCAGCCGACGAUUUAGAAAAUCAGAAAGAAGAAGAAUCAGAAACAGUCCGAUAUAACAGAUAACAUAGAUUUAUGCUUUAUUGUUCACAUUUUCAAACAAUAUUUUUUACUUUUACAAGAGAAAAACAUUUGAACAUGAUGAGUUAGGCAAAGUCAUCUCGGAUAAACUUCCCCAAAUCAAAAGAGAGACCAGGGCAGGCCUGCUAACGUUAGCAUAAACUCUGAUAUAGUAUCUUCCAGUCCUGAGCGGGGCUUUUUCUAAUGUAACCUGUAACACCAAAAAUGUAAUUUAGUUUAGAAAUAUCCUUAGAAGUAACACUAGGUUACUGCUGUAAGGUAAUGAGCUAGUUAGCCAGGCAUGUUAACGUUAGCAGCUCACAUUAGAGCAGAUAAACAUGCGGAUUAAUCCAUUUCUUACUCGUUAGCUCUUUGUUUUUGUUUACACAAAGGAUAUAAAAAAAAAGACCCGACCCUCCACACUCUUCGUCUUUUCUUACAGAGCGAGAAAGCCGGGCAGAACUGCUGUGCCUAGUUACGGUUGCUAAGCUAUGAUUGGACAAUCGCCGAGAUGUAAAAAUAACGAACCCUCUAGCCAAUCAGAAUCCAGUAUUCUCUGUGACCAUGGUGUAAAAUCGCGUUCACGUCAUUAAGACGGUUGUAUGAUUGCGGAGUUGGUCGUGUGAGGAUUAGAAAUACUGUGCAGUGACAAUUUAACACCACGUCUAUUAUUAUAUUUGAGACGUCCAUAUCUGAGCUUUCAAGUCGGAAACUCAUAAGUACGAUAACUCAGACAUGACAAACGCAGCAUUAUCUCUUACUAAUCACUGACAGAGUUUCCCCUCGGGGAUCAAUAAAGUAUUUCUUCCCCACAUAGUAACGAGUCGCACAAGUGAACUUUCUCCAGUAGCACAUAGAUCUUUAAAACAGAAGCUGUGAUAACAAAGGGAGAUUUACUGAUAAAAAUAAAUUAAAAAGCACAAUCAUUGUUUGUAUUGAACAUCCUGUAAUAAGCCUGUUAAUGUAAAAACUGUAUUUUUUUUAUGAUUUAAUAUGCUUGUGACAUAUUGAUCACAUAGGGUUACAAGUUCAAAUUGGGUCUAAAAAUUAAGUAUCGCGAUUCGGCCAUUUUUAAGAACUUACGGGCAUGUGUCAUUUCUACAAAACUUAACAGCAUAUUUGUCUUGUGGAACAUUAAACACAUUUCUGUAUGGCGAUUAAUUAUUGUAGUUUAAUAAAUACCUUGUUACUGUGUAGAUUUUGGUUUAAACACAAGAAGCUGUUUUUCUGAACCUAAAAAAAAUUAUGGUUGCCAACGUCAUAAGUGCCAUGUCAAUUGUUUUUUGUAUUUCGUACAGUGUUGAGCAAUUUAGGUUUAUUAAAGAUUAACUUACCACCUGUAAGUCUUGUCUUUGCUGACCUCCAGUGGUUUAACGUCUCACCUGGCUGCAGUGAUGUCACAGUGGUCUAACAGGCUAGAAACUUUCAACACUGUUGAGUUACUCAGCCUUGAGCAGCACAAAGUACGGUCACCUUUAUUUGACACGAGCCGGGGGUUGUCGUGGUUUUAAAGCUGGCUUACGAUAAUGGUCGUUAUCAUAUAAAAGGUGUCGUAAUUAGGAGUACGGAUCGUGUCGUUGGGAAAUAACGAUCUCGAAAUUUGGUGAUACCUACCUCGUCGUUAUGAGAUUAAAAUCUUGGGAUUAGGAGAACGGACCUCGCCGUUUUUAAAAUAAAGAUCGCAUAAUUACGAGAUACAUAUCUCGCUGUUCAGAGAUAAAGAUGUCUUGAUUAACUGAGAUGCACCUUGUUCAGAAACAUUUUAAGCCAGCUUUAUAAAACUGACAAAAACUCAGUAGCCACUUUAUUAGGUACACCUGCACAAUCAAUUGCAAUUCAAUACAACAACCUGCCAUAAAAUCUACCUUUACGAAGGUCGUAGUUUUAAAAGGUGGUGUUAGACUACAUUAUAUUGAGGUGUUUAACAAAAUCGAAUACAACUGUUCUGCUAGAGACUGUACAGGUGUACCUAAUAAAGUGGACACUGAGUUUAUGUGCUUAUGUCAGAUCAAGCUAACCAGGGCCCGUAUUCGCCAGUGCAGAAGAGUGAUGAAGUAAAAUAUGUCGCAACAGUAUCUGAUUUCCACCGUCCACUGUUUCUGUACCGACAGUUUCUGUCUCUAAUAUAAUGUGAAACUGGUCUUAAUUGUAAUAUACUGUUGUAGUCGUAGUUAAUGUGAAAAAGCAAAAUUUUGUAUUCCUGACUAUAGAUAUUAAUAAAGAGAUAAAUUGUGUAUUA